UGAUAUGUUCGGAAAAAUGGGGUAAUAUAUUAUACAACAUUAAGAAAGAAGGUGGAACGGCUGGAAAAAUAACAUCAGCUCGAAAAACAAUCUCAGAAAUUGUAAAACCUUUAGGAGAUCAAGUAAAACGAAUUCAUAUAGAUGGAUUUAUAGUUGCAGGACGACCACCAUAUCCUGAAAUUCCAAAUUUGCUUAUUUUCGAAGAAAAUGAGUUCCACUCUACAGAUAAUUUAUCAGAUUUCGAGAAAAAACAAAAAGACAAAGAGCAGGAUACAAAGUUAAUAGUAAAAAGAUUUGAUAUAAAUCUUUCAACGAAAUUAUAUUAG